AUGGACGCCAUAGACAAAAACCCUCUGAGGCAGCGGGCUGCCGCACUCGCCAACCGUACACGGCUUCGCUCAGGAUGGGUGCCUCCGCAGGCAGAGGCGCAAACACUGCGCGAAAUGGCCAGCGAGCUCGAGAAAAUCCUAUCGCAGAUGACGGAGGAUAUCGCCGAGGCCGACCGAGAGGUCGAGCGACUUCAGCAGGCGCUGCGGCAAACUCAGAGCCGCCGCGCAACGCUUACCGAAGAGCGUGCUCGGAUGCGGGAACAAGUCAGCUCCUGUCUGGCUUUGGCGGCGCCUGUACGGAGACUGCCCGGGGAGGUUCUGAGCCAAAUCUUUACAUAUGUCCUGGAUCAUCCUGUGUUCUUCACGGAAGAGCUACGCCAACUCAUCGCCGUGUGCCAUGCAUGGCGCAACGUUGUGCUGUCGACAUCCAGUCUUUGGUCGACUGUCAUGAUAUGCUGCACUAUGAAUGAUCUCCGUCUUUCCGAUACUCGAGGUCACGCUGCUUUCGUACGUGCACAACUUCGAUGGUCAGCCAAUAGGCCCUUGUCCAUCUGUUUGCUCAUCGACACUGGCAAUCGCAGUCUAGCUAGCCAGCUAUGGGCGGCGGCUCGUGAAGAGGUAUAUAGAUGGAAACGUCUUACCGUCAAGGCCGAAUAUCCCCCAGCCAGCUAUGCGGCAUCCUGGGUUAACCAUCUGCCCCUCUGUCUUCCGAUUCUUGAGUACCUGGAAUUCAGCGGCGUCGCCUCGCCUCCUCCAUUCAAGGUUUUCGUUGAUGCACCGAGGCUUCGACAUCUCAGGAUCGACACCAAGUUCGAGCCAUGGGGCAUGGAUUUCCCACACUCAUGGCGGCUGACCACGCUACAUCUGGGGAACACACUCACAGUCGACUGCCUGUCCGCCCUGAAGGGGACCUGCGCAACCCUGAAGGAGCUCAACCUUGGAUACAUAGACGUGGAUGAUCCUCUUCAGCACGCAACUGCGCCCGUGACGCUUCCCCUUCUGGAGAAGUUGUGCAUCACCGGUGCCGCUGUGAGAUGCAUAGGCUCCAGUCUGAUCUUCCCUUCGGUACACCAUCUUUGCAUCAACGGCUUACACAGAGAGUCGGAAUGCGAGGAUACCGUCGCCAUGGUCCAACGUGCAUCCGCGACAAUUACGACUCUCGAGCUUACUCCUUUCCUAGUCUCGCAGCAAGCGGUGCUACACCUGCUGAAAGGCUUGCCAACCGUGACACAUCUCGUGCUGUAUACCUAUUUCACUCGCGCAGCCUUUGGCGAAGGCUUUUUCCAUGACUUGACGCCAUCCGUGGAUAACCCCGACUGUCCCUUUCCCAACCUACGACGACUCACGGCGGAACUGGGGCGCACCAAAAACGUGGGGGAAAUAUCCUUUGCCCAACUCUUGCCCAUGCUACAGGAUCUACGUAGCCAGGAGAUAACGGUUGGCGAGAGAACCUAUCCCGCUUUAACAGAGCGUACGCUCAAGGGCAUUCCGGGCGAUGCACUCUUCGAUUCUGGUAGCGACACGGAGGACGAAGAUUACAAUCCGAGUGACGAGGACUCCGAGGCCCUCGAGUCCGACGCCGACAGCGAUUGUUUGACGGAGGAGUCCGAUGAACCGUAG